AUCCAUCUUUUUUAACUUUUUCCCCAGAAAAUGGUGCAUUAAAUCCAGGAGGAGCACUUGGGGAAGAAGUAGGUAAUCGCCACCCUCUCUGACUUCCUUGUCGUCUUCUAGGCCCUUGGUUUCUGCAAAAUCCUGUAGACAUUUCAAAACGCAAGAAAGUUCCUUGCUUUUGAACUAGCAGAUCCUCCAAUCCAUAACGGAAAGUAAUGGACAAUUCAGCUGAUUCUGUAGAGAGAGUGGAUGGCAAUGGGGGAGAAACAAGAAGAGACACAACAGCUUCUGCUAAUUGUUCUUCUUCGGCUAUAGCAUCUGGGUAUCGAUUAUUCGGUCGGCAAGCCUCAGUUCAUCAGUUUAUGGGAGGUGGAAAAGCUGCUGAUGUGCUUUUGUGGAAGCGGCGGCGUGUUUCAUUUGGUGUUAUUGUUGUUGCAACAGUCACGUGGUUUAUAUUUGAGCGGUCUGGGUUGCCAUUCUUGACUAUUUGUUCAGAUGUUUUGCUGGUCGUGACUGUAUUGUUAUUUGUCCAGGCCAACUAUGCUGCUAUCAGAAAUAAACAACCACAAUCAUUACCAGAGCUAGUUUUAUCAGAAGAAAUGGUUAAUAAUGCUGCUGCAUCCUUUCGUGUUAAAAUCAAUAAUGUUCUUCUUAUGGCUCAUGACAUUACUUACGGAAAAGAUUUUAGACUCUUUUUCAAGGUGGUGGUCAGUCUAUGGCUCCUGUCUGCCACUGGUAGCUACUUCUCUUUCUUCACUCUCGCCUAUGCAGGAACCAUCUUAUCCAUUACAGUUCCUGCCUUGUAUAACCAAUAUGAAGAGCACAUUGAUAAAUAUUGUGGGAUGAUCCAUAGAAAAUUAUCACAUCACUAUAAGAUAGUGGAUGAGAGUGUUAUCAGUAGAAUCCCUCGCAGUUUAUCCAAGGACAAAGAUGCAUAAGUGUGAAAUACAUGCAGAUGAUGGUCGAGUCUGUUCAGAAGUUAUAAAAAUUGCCACCAAGUCUGAAGAGUUUCAUUUUUGGCGAAAUCAUCUACUUUUGUUGUGUGUUGUUUACCAAAAUUGGUUCGUCAAUAAAGAUGUGCAGGUGCUGUCUCCCUUAUCCUCGUUACAAUGAACUUUACAAAGUCUUACAGAAGCUUCUGCAAACAUGUGAAAUUUUGAAGUUUGGCUUGCUAGGUUAAUUUUCUAGUCAUUGUGAAGAUCUCUGUAGUUUAAAAUUUAGAGCUAGUUUAAUUUUUAUUCUUGGGGGAUUAUUUCCUCUGGAGAGAUGAAUUAGAUGGAUUGUACAUUGGUAAUAGGAUUAAUGUACAUUGACAUUCUUAAAUGAAAAAAGAAAGGUAAUCUCCUUUAAUGAA